GGAAGCGAGGCAGGAGGGGGAGGGGCCUCGGCGAGCCCAGAAAAACGACAACGCGAGAAAAAUUAGUAUUUUUGCACUUCACAAAUUAAUGACCAUGAGCUCGUUUUUGAUAAACUCCAACUACAUCGAGCCCAAGUUCCCUCCCUUUGAGGAGUACGCGCAGCACAGCGGCCCGGGCGGCGGAGACGGCGGCCCAGGCGGGGGCCCCAGCUACCAGCAGCCCCCAGCGCCCGCGGCCCAGCACCUGCCGGCGCAGCAGCCCCAGCUCCCCCACGCGGGCAACAGCCGCGAGCCCCCCGCCACCUACUACGCACCACGGGCCGCCCGCGAACCCUCCUACCCCGCUGCCGCGCUCUACCCCGCGCACGGUGCCGCCGAAGCCGCCUACCCCUAUGGCUACCGCGGUGGCGCCAGCCCCGGGCGGCAGCCGCAGCCCGAGCAGCCCCCGGCGCGAGCCAAGGGUCCUGCGCACGGCCUGCACGCGAGCCACGUCCUGCCGCCCGGGCGGCAGCCCCCGCCGCCGCCGCCACCUCCCCCGCAGCACCGCGCGGCGCCCCCCGCACCCCCGCGGCGUUGCGAGGCGGCUCCCGCCACCCCGGGCGUCCCGGCAGGGGGCAGCGCCCCCGCGUGCCCGCUGCUCCUGGCCGACAAGAGCCCGCCGGGCCUGAAAGGCAAGGAGCCCGUGGUGUACCCCUGGAUGAAGAAGAUCCAUGUCAGCGCCGUCAACCCCAGUUAUAACGGAGGGGAGCCCAAGCGCUCUCGAACCGCAUACACCCGACAGCAGGUCUUGGAGCUGGAGAAGGAGUUCCACUUUAACCGCUACCUGACCCGGCGGCGCCGCAUCGAGAUCGCCCACACGCUCUGCUUGUCCGAGCGCCAGGUCAAGAUCUGGUUUCAGAACCGGAGGAUGAAGUGGAAGAAAGAUCACAAAUUGCCCAACACUAAGAUGCGAUCCUCCAACUCGGCCUCGGCCUCAGCAGGCCCGCCAGGGAAAGCACAAACUCAGAGCCCACACCUGCAUCCUCACCCCCACCAGGGCGCCUCAACACCCAUUCCCUCCUCCAUAUAACCUUCAGAGAUCUAGACCAGUUUCAUCCCCCCACCUGUUUUUCUCCUCUCUUCUGCCCCUUUCCCCAUACU